UGAAGAAGUUGUGUUGGAAGAAGUUAUUAAAUUGGUUUGGCAGGACUCAUUCUGUUUCCUUUGGUUUGCAGUUGGACAAGCCACUGAAGACCCCAAAGUGAAAAUUGACUUGACCAGCUACUUUGUGAAAAGGCCACCAAGUGUCUUGCACUGUACCACAAAAUUUACUGACUUUGGGAAGGCCCCAGGAGCAGAUGACUAUGCGCAGCAGGAGGUUGUGAAGUCCUCUUACGGAAAAGCCUUCUUCCUGACCAUCACUGCUCUUUUCAUCACUCCAAGAACUGCGGGGGCCCGUGUGGAACUAAAUGAGCAGCAAAUGCUUCUGUGGCCAGGCGAUGUGGACGUACUUCAGCCAGCGGUCAACCUUCCCAAAGGCAGCCGGGCCCAUGUCACCCUGGGUUGUGCCAGUGGGAUAGAAGCAGUCCAGACAGGCCUGGACCUCCUUGAAUUUGUUAAGCUGGAGAAGGCAGGGAACAAAGGCGAGGAGGUUGGGGAGAUUGGGGGCGGGAAACUUUUGUCAUACGGGAAUGGCAUGUGGAUGCUUGUGUUCUCCAAAAAAAUUGAAGUCAGAGCCAUCUUUUCCGGGUACUAUGGAAAGGGAAAACUGGUGCCAACUCAAGGAGGUAGCAAGCGAGGGUCACCAUUUAAUGCUUGCAUCAUCAUCUAAAGGCUGCCCUCUCCUGUUUUGCAGUCCUCUGUAACCUUUUAUAAAAACGCACACAAAAUAUUGUCCUCCAAUUCAUAUUAAAUUCAACAUAGCCAGUCUUUCCACUAAUAUACAUUUUUCUCCCCUUGUCUUUUUAGAAACAAGCCAGCAGCCUGGGCACUUUUUGAUAUGUAUAAAUUAAAAUUAAUGCAACCGAAGAUUUGGAUAUGCAAGCAUCUUUUUCUAAUUCAGAGAAAUGGCAUGCUUCCUCAGGCAAUAUCACUGCUGGUGGUCACUUAAAUCUGGUACCCAUUGCCCUCAUAGUGGAAUGAACUGGCUUCAGACAUGGUAAAUAUGCACCAGAGGGAGAACUUCUUCCUUCCUCUGGUCCAUUACAAAACAAAACAAAACUCCCUGCAAAAAGAAAAGCAAAGGAGGGAAAAAGCCAAGGCUAGAACUGUGCUCCCUGCUAUUUUUGGUUUUUUAUUUUCAGAUUGUUUUGAGAAACAAACACACAGUUCACAAGUGGCAUGUGCCAUCUCUGUCCUGAAAUUGUGCCAUCUUCUCUCUUGACAACGUGGAUCUACCAACUCAUUUUGCUACAAUCCUAGAGCAUGCACUGGCAGUCCAGAAACCAAUUUUCACCCCAGUUGGGGCUGAAGCUAUAUUUGGGGGCAAACCAAGAAAAGAGGAGAGGUGCACCUCGUUUUAAAGAACUGUAGCUUUUGGAGUCAUGCCAUUCUUCAUUUCCCAGCUGCAUUUGGGGUGGGGUGGAGGAGAGCCCAUAAAACAGCACUAUAGAGGCACAGGGAUUGUGUGGGAUCAUGUCUCCCUUUGACGUAUACUGUCUUGGGUCACCUGUUUCCCCUGGCCCCCAAUUAUAUCAAAAUAAGUCAGAUUGCUAAGAAUUGGCUUUAAGAUAUUCCAGAUUCAGAUACUAGCUCAGACACAGGUCCCUUUCAGUAUAUACAAUUAUAUGAAUGUGAUUCCACUUUAGCUGCCAUGGCUGCAUCCUGUGGAAUCCUAGAGUUUGUACUGUAGCGAAGCGCUGGAGCUCUCUGGCUGAAAUUCUAAACGCUCCUCCCUAAACUAUAAAUCCCAGAAUUCCAUUGGAAGGAACCAUGGCAGUUAAAGUAGAAUCAUUGCACUAUUAACUGUGUAGUGUGAAAGAGCCCACUGUCCAGCUAGAUGGAUUCAAGGCAUCUCUGAAAGCCAGACUUGCCUCAGUUUUGUUAAUCCUUCUUCAGUGAUCUAUACCUUCUGCCCACUUGUUGAGAUUAACCUCUGCAGUCUUUUAAUAGAGAAGACUAUGCAAAUCCUUUUUACAAAAAAAAUAUUUAAAUUACUAAAGCAAUAGAGCAGUUGGCACGGAGUGCUUGCAAUGAGAACCCUUUUGGUGGCUGUUGCGGCUUACUAGUCGGGAGAGGAGAACGGGGAGACAAUUCGACUGAUGUAGCUCCAAAGGGAAUAUAUAGGAAGGUGCACUGUGUCUGUGGUGCAGUGCCAUUAAAUUUCCCCUCUACAAGCUGGUUCCUUAACAUCCAAUUUGUCUCCUUGAUCUCCUCGCUCCUCAAUGGUAAGCAGCAACAGGACUCAAUCACUGAGGUGGUGGUGGAUAGGGUACAGAGGGCUAGCAUAGCCCCUUGCAUCCCAUCCAGAAAAAGACAUA